UCCCGUUGCUUACUCCUGGGUGGGGAGGGGGACAUACAAAGUUCUUUUUUUUUGUUUACGAUCACUAAGGGGAGGGGGUUAAAAAAUCAGUGGGUUCGGCCUCCGCCUUCCUUUCAGACUUGACUUUAAUUCUUUUAAAAGUCAAGAGGGGGGUUUGCGCUCUCUUUAUGUUGCUUAUUAUUUGCAGCUCAGAGAGCAGGCUGCAGACCUAGAAAGAAGACACGAGAAUGAAGAUAAGCGAGAGCAAAUCCUUAUGAGUUGCAUCAAUGAUUUUGUUUUAUCAUCAUUGUACAAAAUUUCGUAGAUACUACCGGUAUAAUAACAAUACUAAAACGUUUUUGUUGUUCUUGAAAGACGACUGAACGCUUAGAACAGUGCUGGCGAGCUUCACCGGUACAACAAUUCAUUAUUGGUACCUAAGUGCAAAUACAUCGUUUGCUUUCCAAGGACUUUCAAAGAAAAUUCUUUUUGCAUUUCUCUUUGCUUUUAUUUCGUUCAGAUCGGUUCGUAACUACCGGAUUGGUUGAUUAAUAAUUAUUGCACCAUCGUUUUAGGAUCCCCAUUUGUGCAAAAGAUCGUCUGCCUCUUCUUUAAUUGAAUUUACUGUAAAAUUACAGCUGUCGUGGGGUAAUGAAAUAGUAAGUUCAAAAAAAAAAAAAAAACACAAAGAAAAAAACUAUAAUAAAAAACAAUUGGAUUCGACUAGAAUCUUUUAGAGCUGAUGUGCACUAUUAUAAACUGUACAUACAAAAUACCUGCAACUUCAGUUUUUAUUUAUGUGAAUCGUUAUUCCACAAAUCCUACAUACAAUUGUUGACUCAACAUACUGCAGCGCAGUAAUUACCAGCACGUUUGAUGUUUUGUGUUGUUUUGGAACUUUAUUUAAUUUUAUUUGACAAGCUAUUUGUUAGUGCAUUCUAUUCCGUUUUUCAGGAAUCUUAUGUUCUCAGAGAAUUUUGUCAGCGUUGUAUUGCAGUUUCUUCGAUAUUCUUAACUGUAGGCUGAUGUGCUCACAGAAAAGUUUCCCUAGCUUUGCCUUGACUUGAAAGCUUUACAGUGCCUGCUUCUAUGCAAUGUAUUCUGUUUACAACCUACACACUUGAACAGUAAUCAUAUAAUUUAAAAUUAUAUAACUAUAUACAGUGCGCCCAUUGACAUCUAAUAAAAUAAGAAAAUGAAGGGCAGAUCAGAUCAUCCUCUGAAUCCUUAAAAGGGAAAGAAAAGGACUGUAGAAGAAAAAGAAGAAAUUGGAAACUGGCUGGACGAUCUGCCAAGUAAGUCAAAAAAAAGGAAAGAAAGAAAAAAGAAAAAAAUACAUCUUUAGUUUUGUGUUUGUCUUGCAAGGGAAAAAUCUGAUCCAAGACACUUGCCAUUUUCCAUGUGACUGUUUCCAACUUCCUUGUUUUUAUUGCUAGGUUUGUGCUGCCUGUCAUUUAUUGCGGCCUUGAGGAAUGUUAUAUCAGUAGGACAACGCAUAUAUAAAGACUUAACUGGUGUGCAUGUAACAUUUGUAAAGACGUGGACAAAAGAAACAUUUUUUAAAUAGUUCAGAAAACAAAGUGCCUUUUGACUUGACAUAAAAAAAGAAAAGAAGAAGAAGAAAAGCAGUAGUUAACCGCACAUCCAGGUUCCAGGACAGAAGCGAACGCCUUAUUAUCUGAAAUUGAAGGUGCUGACAAACUCUGUGAUCAAAUCGGCUACUGUCAGGAAACACCUCCAGAGCAUAAAAUGAAGUCUUUACUGUCGGUUUUCAUGUGACAUAGGCUCCAAAAGUAUUGACUUUUUUGCUUAUUUGUUUAAACACGUGCAUUUAUUGCAUCUGCGUUAAUCGGGCUCUUUUGCAGAAAAAAGUCACUGCAACGGGACUGGACUCUGAAGAGCUGGGAGGGGGCUGAGCAUGGCAAUGGUAGUGAACUCAUGGCAGCAGGAUGACAUGUCCGGUGGUCCGGCCCCCCAGCCGGGGAACAAUCACUCGCUAAUAGGCCACAGGGAGACAACUGGGGUACCCUCUAACACUCCGACCUCAGGCCCAGAUGCGCCCCCCACAGUUGGUGUCGAAAAAAACCCUAGUGUGGACUGCUUAGUAUGCGGGGACAAAUCCAGUGGCAAGCACUAUGGUCAGUUCACCUGCGAGGGUUGUAAGAGCUUCUUUAAGCGGUCGGUCAGACGGAACCUGAGCUACACAUGCAGGGGAAACCGAGACUGUCCCAUCGACCAGCAUCACCGCAACCAGUGCCAGUACUGUCGCCUCAAGAAGUGCCUCAAAGUCGGCAUGAGAAGGGAAGGUGAGCCGGCAUUUAAGGCUGUCCAGCGUGGCCGGAUGCCCCAUCCUCAGACUAGUCCUGUCCAGUACCCACUGACAAAUGGUGAUCCAUACAAUGGCCAUUCAUAUUUAACAGGCUUUAUUUCCCUGCUUCUCAGAGCUGAACCAUAUCCCACAUCCCGCUAUGGUGCUCAGUGUAUGCAGCCAAACAACAUAAUGGGGAUUGAGAACAUUUGUGAGCUUGCUGCAAGACUUCUCUUCAGUGCCAUUGAGUGGGCCAAGAACAUCCCCUUCUUUCCUGACCUUCAGCUUUCAGAUCAGGUCGCUCUUCUGCGCAUGACAUGGAGUGAGUUGUUUGUUCUCAACGCAGCACAAAGCGCCAUGCCACUGCAUGUGGCUCCAUUGCUGGCAGCAGCUGGCCUGCAUGCCUCACCCAUGUCUGCUGAGAGGGUGGUGGCCUUCAUGGACCACAUCAGAAUCUUCCAGGAGCAAGUAGAAAAACUAAAGGUGCUGCAUGUAGACUCUGCAGAAUAUUCCUGUUUGAAAGCAAUUGCUCUUUUCACAUCAGAUGCUGUAGGAUUAACAGAUAUUGCUCAUGUGGAAAGUGUCCAGGAAAAAUCACAGUGUGCUUUGGAGGAGUAUGUAAGGACACAGUACCCCAACCAGCCAAGUCGCUUUGGAAGGUUACUUCUACGCCUACCAUCUCUCAGAAUUGUCUCAGCACCUGUCAUAGAACAGCUGUUCUUCGUGCGCUUAGUGGGUAAGACUCCAAUUGAGACCCUCAUCCGAGACAUGCUGCUCUCAGGAUCCAGCUUCAACUGGCCUUACAUGCCCAUGCAGUGAUGGACAAGGACUCUGAUAUGGGCUAAUAUUUUUGCCCUUUUGGCUAUGCAGGAGGAGACAGAGACAGAUUGUUUAUAAGCCAAUAUUUUAAGCCUCUACUGUCGCCCUCCCUUGUGGCUAACGCAAAGCCCUUCUGUUUUAUACAUUUGUAAAAUAUGUGUGAAAAGGAUGACUUAAAAGCUUGUUUUUUAAGAAAAAUGCUGGGAUUUUCUUCACUAUUUUGUUCUUGUUCAUGCAGUGACUGUUUAAGUAUUGACACUUUGUUUGAAUUUUAUUAUCGGGUGUAAGUGCAGUGUUUAAUCGCCUCAUCUGGCGUGUUAUAAGACAAUGCAAAACAAUGCGGGGCGGGAUGAUGAUGACAUUAGUAACAGCAGUUUUUAACCUGAAUGGAAUGAAUCAGAGAAUUCCCCACUUCUGCACUGUUCCCAUAUCAGGCUGCUGUGGGGGGACAUUGAUUGGCAUAGAGUUAUUUAAUAGCCCUACAGCACAGGUUUCCUGGAAAGCUCCAACAUAAUUAAAUCAUAUUUAGUGGUGUCUGCUAUGGUUAUAAAAUACAGGAUUUGGAGUUAAUGGUUGCAAAGGUCUUUUCAUGUGGAACUUUAAAUGAAAAAGCAGCUAUCACCUCUUAUAUUUUUAACACUUAAUAAGCAGGAAUAUAUGUAAAUCAAGCAUUUAUGUUUCAAAUAUGUUGAGUACAUAGUCUGUGAUGUUUUAUUUCUCUACAAAAUUAAAGUAAAAACAUAAAGAUA